GGUGCUAGGUGUAUGUAGCUGGUGGUGAAACGGAUAGUUGCGAGGUGGACAGCGAAUCUCAGAGACGGCGUCGUUUGUUAAUCCUCGGAGUCAGUCAAGUCGCAGACGAGUUGUUGUUGUUGUUGUUGUUUGUAUGUUGUGGCUCGUGUAAGAGGCCAAGCGAGCGGAUCGCGAGAGUGAAAGUGUGCGGGUUGGGGAUACUCGGUAUCCAGAGCGAGAUGCAAAUGCACAGGCUAUGUAAGCGGGGAAGAUGAAUGUACGAGGUGAGUAGACUCUGCCAACGAAGUCUGUUGUAGUUGAAGGUGAAGGUACAGCGCAGAAAUUCGAAGGAUCGUGGGAAGGGUGGCUCAGUCGGGGGGAAGGGAUCCAUGAAGUACUUUGGGGGGGGCGGUGCGACAGCCAGCGCAGGGCAGCUAGUUGGGCCUACGAAUUCAGACCAACUCAGGCCAAGGCACUCUCAGCUCCCACUUCGCAGCGCACCACACGCGCCAAAGCACUCAACGCCAGGCACGAGUUUUUACUGGGCGCCAAGGCGAGACUGGCCGAGAUUGACCAGGGCUCCCCCCAAAGGAUCCAGCGCGCCCCCCCAGGAACGGCCCCAAGUGCCGCCAGGCACAAACGCAAAGCGGCGGGGAGGGGCCAGAAACAGAGGGAGGGGGAGCCAGGAGACCCAAAGCCCUAGGAGGCGCGGUACCUGCGACAUGGAAUGCGCCCAGCCCGAAGCCAUGUCUCGGGUACCGGUGACCUGGCAACCGGCUUCGCGACACACACUCCAGACACCAGACCACCAGGGCUCUGCACCAGACGUCGCGCGGAAAUUACCACGAGCCCAACUUCAGGCACACUCCCGAUGGGGCCUGUCUGCCCUGGCCUGGCUCGGCCUGGCCUCUGCUGCGUUCUGUCGUGCCUCAGCGUGGGCCGCCAGGCCUGGGCCUUUCCACCGACGACGUCGUACUAUAGACGCCGACCCGAUGCGACGUUGA